CAAACAUUUUCUUCAAACAUAAGCAAGAGAUCCAGAAAAAGCAGUGUACCGAUUGAGAGUGUCUAUUUUCUUCAUACCUGGUACAUAGGUAGCUAGCAAUGCAAUUUUCUUCAAUUAAGCUUAAGCAAAGCAUAAACACCAUAAGAAGAAGUCAGAAGAAGAAGCAUUAAGUACACUGCAUGCCCUGGUUUCCACCACAAAACCAAAGUACACACCCUGCCGUUCUGCUAAUUAAUCUUAGAUUCAGAGGCACUACUACAGUUCUGUUACUGUCUUCUGCUUUGUCCAAUUAUUGCCAUUUUAAACAGUGAUGAAGCAAGGGUCAGCAAACAACCAACAGCUCUUGUGGGCAAGAGUGGUUAUGCGCAAAUGGCUUAACAUGGCCAGUAACGAGCCUGAUUACACCGCUGACCCUGAUGAUGAUAAUGAGGAGGACCCUGAAAGUGACUCAGAUAAUGAAGAGUGGGGCAAACGGACACGGUUUGGGGACAGCAGAGAGGAACAAGCUCCAAUUGAGUCAAAUGAAUUUCUUCCAAGGUUAAGGAGGCAAAAGUCAUUAACUUCUAGGUCUCAGUAUAUAAACAAGAAGGAACUGAGAGUAUGUGUUGGAACGUGGAAUGUUGGAGGAAAACUUCCACCUGAUGACCUAGAUAUUGAUGAUUGGUUAGGCAUUAACGAGCCAGCUGAUAUCUAUGUUCUUGGUCUUCAGGAGAUUGUACCAUUAAAUCCUGGUAACAUUUUUGGUGCUGAAGACACUCGGCCAGUACUGAAAUGGGAAAACAUUAUUCGAGAUACACUGAAUAGAGCUAGACCAAAAGCACCAAAGAUGAAAUCCUUCAGUGAUCCUCCAUCACCAUCAAAAUUUAAGCCAUCAGAUGAUGCGCCAGAUAUAGAACAAGAAAUAUUACUUGAAAGUGAUGGUGAUAUUGGUGAGGAAGUCCAUCCUUUGGAUGAAGAAUACAAUGUUUAUGAAGGAGGCGCAGAUAAACCAAUCACAGAUGAAGAAGCCCUGAAUACUAAUUUGCAGGCUUCAGUUGCUGCUGAUAUUGCCAACACAGAAGAGCCAGUUGGCAAUGAUUUACAGAGACAGUUUUCUGAUGGAAAGAGGUUGAAUAGGCUGAAUUGCUUCCGUGACGAAAAUUCGACUGAAAAAACGGACACAUCAUCUUCUCAACAGGCCAGUAAGCUAUCCAGAAUGAUUAGUAGUUCUGAUAGGAUUGGUUUAAGCUGGCCAGAGCCACCACUACAUCUGCUAUCUCAGCGACCAUUGGAUAGACCAACUUCUUUUAAAUCUGUUAGAUCCUUUUCAGCAUCAAAGUCUUUCAGAACAUGUCAGACCUUCAAGCAAACCAUAGAUGACAUAGGAUUGCUUGCUGAAAUUGACCUCGAGGCUUUAAUGAAGCGGAAAAGGAGAUCAUCAUAUGUAAGGAUAGUGAGCAAACAGAUGGUUGGGAUUUUCAUCACCAUAUGGGUUCGUCGUUGCUUGCGUAAACAUAUUCAGAAUUUGAAGGUGUCAACUGUUGGUGUUGGUGUUAUGGGCUAUAUUGGUAACAAGGGAUCAAUAUCUAUCAGCAUGUCCAUAUACCAGACACUCUUUUGUUUCAUAUGUACCCACCUUACCGCAGGUGAAAAGGAAGGAGAUGAACAUAAAAGAAAUGCUGAUGUGCGCGAAAUACAUCAACGAACCCAUUUUUAUUCUCUUGCUGAUAUUGGAGUUCCUAGAAAGAUCCUUGAUCAUGAGAGAAUAAUUUGGUUGGGUGAUCUGAAUUAUCGUAUCAACUUGUCAUAUGAGAAAACAAGAGAUUUUAUCUCAAAAAAGCAAUGGUCCAAAUUGAUUGAGAAAGACCAGCUUACGAAAGAACUUGAGAAAGGUGUAUUUGAUGGAUGGUCAGAAGGCAAGUUAAACUUUCCACCAACUUAUAAGUAUGAGAUUAAUUCAGAGAAAUACUAUGGAGAGGACCCAAAGGUUGGGAGGCGCACACCGUCAUGGUGCGAUCGUAUUCUUUCAUAUGGCACCGGAAUGAGAUUACUUAGAUAUGGAAGGACUGAACUCAGGUUUUCAGACCACAGACCAGUGACUGCCACAUACAUGGCUGAGGUUGAGGUGUUCUCUCCAAGGAAACUGCAGAAAGCCCUGACUUUCACUGAUGCAGAGAUUGAAAAUGAAGAAGUCAUGGCAACUUUAGGGCCACUGUAUGAACUCUGAAGUAUUUAUUGUAUUUGAAGGAACAACAAUGAUAGCUAUUGCAACUUCGUAUUGGAAUUUUCAUUUUCAUUAUAAUUUUAUUUUUACAUAAUCUUUUAGAGAAAAUAGUUGUAUGAUUUUUGUAAAGUAUGUGAUGAAUAAGAUGUAAAGCUUGUCGAUAAAUUGGGUAUAUCGAACUCAUUAGGAUCGGGCUAGCAGUGAGGGUUUGGAUUAGUUUGCAUAAAGUUCUAAGUUCAAACUUAAUUACAGUCUUUAGUGGGAAGCUUUGAGCAUGCUUAUAAAAAUUAAUAGAAGGCAAAUAUGUCUAAGACCAAUGGUUGGUUCUCUAUGCUCAAGAUGCUGAAAUAUGGAUUUUCCCGCUUUUACAUUUAUUUGUUCUUUAUUAUCUUUAAAAAAAUCCUGUAAAUAUUCAUCAUCAGUUUGUUGUCUUGUAGUAUUGUGACAGUAUUAGUUUUGUGGAGAGAUAAUUGCAUUUGAUUUGAGUGCA